AUGAACUCCGUGUGCCUCUUCUCUCAUUUGCUGUAUUAUGUCAUCAGGACGACUCAGAGCGAUUUAUACCAGAUGGAUGCGAUCGCUUCCUUUGUAGACUUCUAUGGUUGGAAAGAAGUCAUCGCUGUGUUUGUGGAUGAUGAUUUUGGAAGGAAUGGUGUGGCUGCGCUUAAUGAUAAGCUUGCGGGUAGGAGACUGAGAAUCACUUACAAGGCGGGUUUACAUCCGGACACAAUGGCAAAUAAGAAUGAAAUCAAGAUCAUAGGCAAAGUAUCGCAGAAUAAUGGGGAAUGGUUAUGUGCUACGGAUUGGCUCUCAACUACUGUGGACUCUUCCUCUCCGCUUCCUUCUGAGAGACUUGAAACUAUUCAAGGAGUUCUUGUUCUGCGGCGACACACGCCUUCAAAUUUAAAAUGGGAGUUUUUCUCAAGGUGGCGUAACAUUUAUGAUGCUCCUUUGGCUCUUAACGCAUAUGGUCUAUAUGCUUAUGAUCUGGUCAUGCUCUUAGCUCGUGUUCUAGAUAAGUUCUUUAACCAUGGUGGGAAAAUAUUAUUUUCUAAUGGCUCAAUGCUUGAUGCCUUGGGGAAAAGCGGAAAUCCCAACCUAGAAGCGAUGACUGUCUUUGAUGGUGGAGAAACUCUGCUAAAGGACAUUCUCGGAAUGCAUAUGGCUACUGAUUUUUCAAUCCUGUCACCCGAGUCACUACACAAAGAAGCAACCAAAUAUCUCUUCAGUGGGAAAGAGCUCAAGAUCGGCGUGCCUCGUCAUUUGUGGGCUUGCUACUUUCUCUUUGCCGGCAUUGUUGUUUGGAACUUGGAGCAUUGGAUUCACGAUGAAUUAUUCAGAUGCCUGCCUAAGAGACAGUGCAUCACAAUUCUCUGGUUUAGCUUCCCUCUCUAG